AGUUUUUGGAACAACACAAGUAUUAUUUGGUCAUUCAUCAUGGAUUUUUACAAUCAAGCCACAGCUUCAACGACAAGAGAGACAGGUAGUUGAAGAAACGAACCCUAACACGACCAUAAGAGAGAGAGAGAGAGAGAGAAAGAAAGAUUCAAACAUUGCUUUGAUUUCAAGCCCCUUUUACCAUUGCAUUUAGGGAUCUAGAAUCUUCAAUCUUCAAAGGUAUUGAUCCUGCUUCUAUGGCAAAUUCAAAGAGCUCGUCGGGUAUCAGAAAUUUCGUGUAUCCUGGAAAACAUGCUCAUGCUCUGCUUCCUCCCAAAAGCCCGUUUCCUAGUAUUUCUCAACCAUAUGCUGAUUAUGUCUCAAAUCCUACAGUUGGUUCGAAACCUGUUAAUAAGCCAAGAGAAGGAAACACACAUCAUCAACGUACUUCAUCUGAGAGCCAUCUUAUUGAGGAGCAACCAUCAUGGCUUGAUGAUCUCCUAAAUGAGCCAGAGACACCUGUCAGAAGGGGUGGUCAUAGGCGUUCGUCAAGUGAUUCUUUUGCGUAUAUUGACACUAUUAAUGCGUCUAACAUCAAUUAUGCAGAUCAGGAUGAGUAUAAAUAUAAGAAUUUCUUAUCAAUUCCGGCUUGGUCCCCUCCUGACUUUGACCGCAACAAAGAUGCUCGUCAUGUACCGAUGUAUGCAGAAAUAAAUGCUGCAAAGCAGAGAAACAGAUCAUGGGACUCUUUUUCAAAUGCUGCGACAAAUCUGAGUGGUGUUCCAUCUGGAAAAGACAAUGUUGCUUUUCAGAGAUCAGGAUCGCCUACCCCAUGUACACUAUAUGAAGCAGAUCGGAUCCUACAGACUGCAAAUGAAAAUCAUGAUUCAGUAGAAUCUGGCUUACAACAAGACAUAAGAUCAUCUUCUGAAAGAAAGGAUGGUUUAUAUGCAAAGUCAUCUGCUUCUGAAACAGAUACAAAACGUGCUAAACAGCAAUUUGCUCAACGUUCGCGGGUCCGUAAGCUUCAGUACAUAGCCGAGCUGGAAAGAAAUGUAAAUGCUUUACAGGUAGAAGGGUCUGAAGUGUCGGCUGAGCUUGAGUUUCUUAACCAGCAGAAUCUUAUCCUGAGUAUGGAGAAUAAAGCACUCAAACAACGUUUAGAAAGUUUAGCACAGGAGCAGCUUAUCAAAUAUUUGGAGCAGGAAGUACUGGAAAGAGAGAUUGGAAGAUUACGUAGCAUGUAUCAACAGCAGCUGCAGCAGACACAUCAGCCUCAACAACAACCAUCUGGUAGUCAUAGACGCACAAACAGCAGAGACCUUGAGUCUCAGUUUGCUAACCUUUCUCUGAAGCACAAGGAUGCCAAUUCAGGGCAUGACCCUGCAAAUGGAGCACUCAGAAUUUAGCUCUGCCAAUUGGUGUUGCCACACCUGUGAUAGAAUUUGUUUUCCUUCCGACAUGCGGGAUUGUGUAGAGAUUUCCAGGAUAUGCCCUCUCUCUCUGCCCGCUUUGCUGAUAUUUCAACGUUCAUAUUAAGUCAUUAUGUUAUCUAUUUUACUUCAACUAUCACCAUUUAUUUAAUGUGCACCUGGUGGUCAUUGCCGAAAUCUUGAUUCUGUUUCUGCCACUUGACCUGCCGGAGGUGGUAACUCAAUGGUUUCGAAGCUUUCGCUCAACACUGAAUCUUCUUCAGUGAUGUAACUGAAUACCUCCUCUUGUGAAUCUUCAUUGUUGUGGAAUUUGGCCCAGUGCAAAUAGCAGAUAAUCUCAGGGCUAUGUGCAUUAUUAUUUGUAUGGAUAAAGUUUAGCUAAUGUUUGUAAUAUGAUUUUAAUGAAGUUCCUCUUUUUCUAAACAAUGUUGUCUGAUUGCAAUGAGAAGAUUGACUUGGGAUUUUCUUU